AUGGACAAUCGAAAGAUUCAGAAAGCCUUUGUUUACCAUAUUCUGCCCACUCUAGUCUCUAGAGGGGACCUGGUCAUCGGCCAUGUCAUCAAUAGCCUUGAAGACUUGAUGAUUCUUAACGAUGGUGAUGGCGAGAUGUUGAAGUAUGAUGAGCGUCUUGUCAAGUUGGUAUGCGACACCGACGUUAGCAUCAGUGCAAAAGCCGCACGCUCUUGUAGCGCUGCUUUACUUACCGACGCAGCUUCAGCUGCUUUUUCUGGCAAGAUGGAGUUUGGUCGCAACAGCCAGUACUCAAACAGUCUCUUCAUCCGUGAAUUGCAGGGGCAACAUGUGGAUUUUACACCAUCGGCUUACCGGAAAGCGGUCGAGUGCUCCCCAGAGGUUCAGAAGCGUCUGUCCUGCUUUAGUGGCUACGCCUACAUGGUCACAGGCUUAAAGUAUUGCGAUGAAAAGUGUAUUGCUAUUCAUCGCGGCCACGAAACCACCAAAGUCCAGGGGCAGCUCGGCCUUCAAGGCGGCCCGUUGAGCGCAGGUGCGCGCGUGGAAGGCGCUCGCGCAACCACCUCGAGCCUGCAAAUGACCCGGACUGCAGAUCUAAUUUUUGCAAUCAGAGUCACGAAGCUCACGUACAAGAGGAAAUACGUCGUUGCUGGGGAAAAACGUCUCGUUGCCAAGGGACACCGUCACAGGGCAGAACUCGUUGGAAAGGAAGACGCGAUAUUGAAAAAGGCAGACGAUUUUGACAUUGAGAUUGAGGAGGACUCGGGCGAAGGGGAUGGUGACGAAGCGCUGCUGGGGGAUGGGUCUACGGUGAAAUGGAUGGUGCAGGGAACGGCCGAGUUGUAG